CUGCAGAGAACUGUCUCCAAGAGUGCAGCAAUAGUGCUCCACUAAUAGUGUAUACAUUGUAUGAAGUUUUCUAUGCGGGAGCCAUAAGCAUGGGGGAAAUGAAGUUUGAAAAAAUUCUGGAGGAAAUUGGCGGUUUUGGGCCUUUCCAAAUCGCCAUCCUUAUCUUGCUGUCCGUCCCUCGAAUAGUUCUGCCCUGUCACUUCUUACUGAAUAACUUCAUCGCUGGGCUGCCACCUCACCGCUGUGACAUCAGCACCCUGGAUGAUGGAGGACACUUCGGAAAUUUAACUCAGGAGCAGAGACUGACCAUUAGCGUUCCUGUACGAGAAGAUGGAGAGCCAAAAUCCUGUGAGAUGUUUGCAGAGCCUCAGUUUCAGCUCUUAGCCAACAGAUCCAGCAGCGCUGAUCUGCCAACAGUUCAGUGUCAGAGUGGAUGGGUUUAUAACAACUCCACCUUCACUUCCACACUGGCAACAGAGUGGGACCUUGUCUGUGAUAGAAAAAGCCUGACAAAAACCACAAGCACAAUCUUUUUUUUUGGAGUGAUGUUUGGAGCCAUAGCUUUUGGAUACCUCUGUGAUAAGUAUGGGAGGAAAAGCACUCUUUUGGUGUCGUACAUCAUGGCGAUUGUGUUUGGCUUCUCCAGCGCGUUUGCAAACUCCUACGUUCUGUUUGCAGUGUUGAGAUUUCUCACUGGGUUCGGAUUGACAGGAAUCAGUGUCAACUCAAUAGUUCUCAGCAUUGAGUGGGUCGACACAGGUCAUAGGUCAUUUAUCGGUGUGAUUGGCAGCCUGGCUUGGUCUGCAGGUAACAUGCUGCUUGCUGGAUUUGCCUUCAUGGUAAAUGACUGGCGGACACUGAUCAUGACUGUUACAGCCCCACUAGGAUUUGCAGUUUUGACCUGGUGGUGGAUUCCUGAAUCUGCCCGAUGGCUUUUAGCCAAUGGGAAAGUGGAAAAAGCCCACUUUUACCUUGAAAAAUGUCUGAAGUUCAACAAAAGAGAAAAACUGUCAUCCAAAUUAAAACUGGAAACACUCUCCAGCAUAGAAGUACCUGAAGAGCAGGACAAAAACUACAAUUACCUUCAUCUAAUUAAGACCCCGAAGAUGAGACAGUUAACUCUACUGACUGGGAUUGUGUGGUAUGGAGUGGCCUCAACAUAUUAUGGAAUCAGCCUGAACAUCAGUGGAUUUGGAUUGAACAUGUACCUCACACACUUCAUCUAUGCAGCCAUAGAAGUCCCUGCCAAGCUGAUGGUCUAUUGUUUUCUGAACAUCAUUGGUCGGAAGAAGUGCCAAGCUGGAACGCUGUUACUGACAGGAAUCUGCAUCGGCAUAAACAUCUUUAUACCAAAAGGUCUGUGGCAUCUGCGUUCUGUAAUUGCCAUUCUUGGAAAAGGCCUAUCAGAAGCUUCCUUCACAACUGUCUUCCUGUACACAACAGAGCUUUACCCCACAGUCGUCCGACAAAAUGGUCUGGGAUACACCAGCUUCAUAAGUCGUCUGGGAGUAUCAGUGGCUCCGCUCAUCCUGCUGUUGGAGGACGUGUGGACUCUUCUUCCUCAGAUUAUCAUCUGCUCUGUGGCCAUCAUUUCUGGCCUUGUGUCUCUGCUGCUUCCAGAGACACUGAAUGUGAGGCUGCCAGAGACAAUUGACGACAUUGAAAAGCCCAGACAUAAUGAUGUCUCCUCUCACUUCAUGGAGUCUUCAGCUGUCCUGGAAGCAAAGAGCACCACAGGCACCAAGCAGUGAAAAGACGAGUAAAACGAAGAAAUACUCAUACACAUCAUACAG